GGCGGAGGCUCCUGCAGCGGUUGCUGGCGUUGCGGUGCGGAGCUGCUCUGCGCCCCCUCGGACCCGACCCUCAGCACUCUGCUCCCACGCCAGCCUACCUCGCUCCUCGGCACCAUGACCACCACCACCACCUUCAAGGGAGUCGACCCCAACAGCAGGAAUAGCUCCCGGGUUUUGCGGCCUCCAGGUGGUGGAUCCAAUUUUUCAUUAGGCUUUGAUGAACCAACAGAACAACCCGUGAGGAGGAACAAAAUGGCCUCUAGCAUCUUUGGGACACCUGAGGAAAACCCCCCUUCAUGGGCCAAGUCAGCAGGUGCCAAGUCUAGUGGUGGCAGAGAGGAUUCUGAGUCAUCUGGACCCCAGAGAAGGAACUCUUCUGAAGCAAACUCUGGAGACUUCUUAGAUCUGAAGGGAGAAGGCGACAUUCAUGGUGAAAAACGUGGACACAGAUUUGCAGGCCAGCCUGGGGCAGAGCGAGGAGAAGCCCGUGCCCGCUGCCCCCGUGCCCAGCCCGGUGGCCCCGGCCCCAGCGCCGUCCCGAAGAAAUCCCCCUGGCGGCAAGUCCAGCCUCGUCCUGGGUUAGCUCUGACUCUCUUGAACUCUGUCGUUUUAUUUGUUUGUUUUCUCCAUGCUUGUGAACUGCACAACUUGAGCCUGACUGUACAUCUUUUGGAUUUGUUUCAUUAAAAAAGAAGCACUU